AGGUCUGUGAUUGGACAGAAUCCGAGUCAAUCAGAAGGAUUUUAAUAUGUAAUAUCAACAUCUUCAUUCAUCAUCCAUUUCUUUAAUCUCUCAAAUUCAAACAAAUAAAAAUCAAUCAAGAACCAAUCAGAAAUCAUUUCCAGGUCAGAACUUUCACUCUACAGCCAAAAGUUUGUGGACACCUGAACAUUAAACUGCUUUGUGGUUCUUCUUGAACAUCUCAUUACACAUUCAGUCCCAGGUUGCUAUUAGAACGAGCUCCAUUAUUUUCGUGGGGUGCAGGUUGGAGCUCUAUAGCAGGAGAUCAUCCACCAGGUACAACCAAUGGAAAGCAGAUCUUCAUGGAUCUGGCUUUGUGCACAGGAACAUUGUGAUGCUGGAGCAGUUUUGGGUCUCCUAGUUUAGGUGAAGGGGAAAGUUCAUGCAGCAUCCAGAGACAUCUGAUACAAGUGUGUGCCCUAAGCCUGUAGGAGCAUUUUUGGGAAUGUGAAGAACCUCAUACUGUAUGGGUGGAGAAAUAAGGUUUCCCGAAAAGGUUUUUCUCUCCGUCGCCACAUGAUGGCGUCCUUUCCGCUCCUCCUUCGACCCCAGCCCUUCCUUCCGAUGGCGUCACCGGCGUCUCCACGGCAACAGCGGCAGGACCGAGAGAGCAGAGAAAAAAGAGAAAGACUCGGUCUCCGGGACGGCGCGCGCCUCUCGGCACAGCGGACCAAGAGCGCGCGCGGUCAGGACGCACGGCCAUGCACCGUCUCACGCUCACGCGCGGGGUCUCGUCCGGUUUCUCUUUGAGUAGGGAACAGUAAUAACGAUAACCAUUAUUAAUAUUUUGCAAAAAAUAAAUAAAUCCGUGCCUCGUGCGGCGGACAUGCGCGGAGCCACCGGAGUGGCGGACAAAAGGAGGAGGAGAACAUCAUCAGCGCUCCGGUGAGAUGCAGGAGAGAAGCAGGAGGAGCGCGAGGAGAUCCGAGUGGCGCAGGAAUGCGGCGCCUUGACGUGGUGCUGCUGCUGCACUUCUUCUUUUUCUUCUUCUUCUCAUUUUUAUUUCUGGAAUGAAAAGACGCUGCUGCGUGACAAAAGACUUGCGAGCGCGUGCGGUGCGUGUGUUGUUUCCAAAGCCAGAGAAAAAACUCCGGACGCACUGAUUUCAUCCAUCCGAAUUCCAGAUCAACGCUACAGAAGGAAAGAGGAGAAAAAUAAUAAAAAAAAAAACAGAUCCAGGAACGAUGCUGAACUCUCACAGUUUCUGGAUUGCAUGGCUCGCGCUCCUGUGCACGGAAGAAGUGUGUGUGCGCUCGCUGGAGGUGACGGUCAGCCAGAGCAGCGUGCAGGUGGCCAGAGGUCAGGCGGCCAUCUUACCCUGCACCUUCACCACCAGCGCCGCCCUCAACAACCUGUACAUCAUCUGGAUGGUGACGCCGCUGGCCAACGCCAACCAACCCGAACAGGUUAUAAUCUAUCAGGGUGGUCAGGUGUUCAGUCUCGCUAACCGGAUGAACAAUCGUGUGGGUUUUGUGGCGACGAUGCCGAGCACCAGCGCCUCCAUCUUCAUCAACAACACACAGCUGGCCGACACCGGGACCUACCAGUGCCUCGUCAACAACCUGCCCGACCGCGGGGGGCGCAACAUCGGGGUCAUCGGCCUCACCGUUCUGGUCCCUCCAUCCUUGCCCGCGUGUCGUAUUCAGGGUUCUCUGGAUGUGGGCAGUGACGUCACUCUGCUCUGUGGAUCUGAAGAGGGAAUUCCCACACCCACCUACUCCUGGGAGAAAGUCGACUCAGUACCCAAACUCCCUCUCGGCGCCAUGCAAGAUCAGAUGCAGGGUACAGUGAGUCUGAAGAACAUCAGUGCGGGGACAUCCGGGGUUUACCAGUGCACCGCCUCCAAUGCCAUUGGCACCAGCACGUGUCAACUGAACCUGCAGGUGGUGACACCUCAGCCUCAGAGCGUCGGCCUCAUCGCUGGAACCGUGGUCUCAGGUGUCCUCGCCGCAGUCAUUUUCGCCCUGCUGGUGAUCGUCACGCUUUUCUACUGGAGGAACAAAAACCGAUACGAAGAAGACGACAUCCCGAAUGAAAUCAGAGAGGACGAUCUUCCGCCGAAGAGGUCGUCGUCGGUGAAGGCGUUUCAGGCGGACGCUUCAUCCUCAGAGAACGACACGCUAACCUCUACCAACACCUACAACAGCCGAUACUGGCACAACGCCAAAGCCAGCUACGACGCCAACUCUUUUACGCGCUACGACGGGCAGAGCUUAACGACCGGAGGCGGGACUGGUGCAGGAGGGGGUGGAGCUUACACCAACGGCAGCCAUACCCUCCCAGCACCCAAAACUCUGGUGGUCACCGCCAAUUCUGUGCCCGUUGUGACGCGCAGCAACGGUACUAUAAGUCAACGCGUUCCACCAUCCACGCCACCGCCCCCUUCUGGCUCCGCCCACACACACGUGCCAAACCGCACGCACUCGUACGCCGUGAGCCAGGCGGCGCUCGAGCGCAUGGGGGCCGUGCCAGUCAUGGUUCCUGCACAGAGUCGGGCCGGGUCGCUCGUCUAACACCAACACGAGACGGACAAAUUGAAUUUUUAACGUUCUUUAUACAAACAAUGCCAUCUCUCUUUUUCUCUCUCUCUCUUUUUCUCUCUCUAUCUCUUUCUCCCCACCCCUCGAUCUGACUAAUGAACUACUGAUUUUACUUUGAGUUGUUUUCUACUUUAACCAAUUUGCAAUAAUAAUAAUAAUAAUAAUAAUAAUAAUAAUAAUAAUAUAGUCGUCUCGGAAUGGGCGUAUGCGGCAACGGGAACGUUUUCGUAAAACAUUUGAGAUGUUUCCUAAAUUGAGCGAUCUUCAUCAUGCACAUGCACCUCGACUGCACACUCACAUCACGUUUGUUUUAACUCUACAACGUCAACUCGGGCCAUUCAAUCAGCUUCUCAAGCAAUAGUUACGCCAAAAACACCUGGUCUGAUUAAUGAGCAAUAUAACGCAGAGUUCCCACCAAAAUCCCUGAGGUUUAGCAGCGAGUGUGAACACGGAGACAAAACACUUGAUAUCAAUAAGAGUUGCUUCUCCUUCUUUUUUUGUGAUCUGAAAUGCAUCCAGAAAAUUCAUUUGAGUCAGCGUUUGAGUCAUUUAUAUGAAUUAGCAUUACCUUAAGGCCGAGGUUAGCAUUAGACACAUGACUAGCGCUCGGCGAAAUGAUGUCAUCGAUUAUUUAUAUUGAUUUCAAGUCCAAAUCCAUGAUCUGGCAACCUUUACACGUUUCACCUUACAAACUAUAAAUAAAAAUAAAUAACAGUUGAACUGGAAAA